AGAGCAUUGAUCUGCUGAGUGGACUAAAGAUGGGGGAGCAAGGUGGUUGGUUGGAGGCUAACAGAGGAGACUGGGUGGCCAUCUUGGAUUCCCCGACCGGUGCAACCAAGGGCCCAGGGGACAACAUCACUGAGCAGGCCAGGACCAGAGGUGACAUAGUGGAGUCUGCAGUCCAUGAAGACCUGCUGAUAUCCAGUGUUGCUGGUAGCAGAGACUGGACCUCUGAAUCAGCUGGUCCCAAACCCUGGCCCCGGAUCAGAACCCUGGAUCAGGAGCCAUCGCUCUUCCUUCCCGAGUCAGAACCAGGACCCAACCACGAGGGACAGAGAUUCCAUCACAACCACACAGAAGACAACCAGUGGACAGGAGGACUGAACAACCUCAGUCCUGGUGGUCAUCAGAUAGACAGAGGCUCCAGUCAGCAGCCCAGACCCUUCUCUUCACAGUCUCAGUGCAGGGAUGAAGCAGGGCCUGGGGCUGAUAGAGAUAAACCCUCCUGUUCCUAUGAUUCAAACACUACAGUAUCCAUGAUGAACAGAGCAGGUCACCCUGGGCUUCAGCUUUUACAGAGAGUAGUGGGCGACCCUUCUUGUGGGAGUCUAUCAGCAAGUCUGUCUUCUCCUUCAGGGUCUCGUCUAAUGCCUGGUGACUGGGUUCAUAGAAAGCCUAGACCUGGGUCCAGCCUUCCUCAGCUACCUCAUGGUUACCCCACCAAUACAGACCGGGUCAAGAUUGGCGUUCACCACGAGAGGUACCUAGCCUACAACACAGAACACAAUCCCAACAACACCCAAACAAUGUCUAGAGGAGGGAGCUCUAAGACUAACCACCUGAGGGUGGUGGCUCCUGCUUCUACCUCCUCUGGUGUCAUAGGGUCACAACGUGGGAGGCCGAGCGUUAGGACGGACGCCGGCAAGACGUACGCCUGCCCCACCUGUCAGAAGCGCUUCGCUCAUGCGAACUAUGUGAAGAGGCACCAGACAGUUCACACCAAGGACAAGCCCUUCAAGUGCAAACUAUGUUACAAGAGCUUCUCCUUCCUGACUAACCUGAUCAGACAUAGGAGUGUCCACAAAGGGGAGAAAUCGUAGCAGUGUGGCUUGAGAUGUACACAGGGGAUAUCUGGGAACUAUUCUUUAGUUGACAUACUGAAUUAUAAUUAUCAUGUGAAGUGUCUCAGUUGAGCAUCUGAGUAUGCUCACCAUCUCUGAUCAUACAGACUUGUUGUUUGGUGUGCAGGCAUAGCCAAAACACAGUCAUUUUAUUGAAGUGUAACUAUAUCUCCCCUCUGAAUUUGGUUUUGUCUAUAUUCUAUACCCUCUUUUUUAUAAUAUAUUUAUAACACCCCCUAAUGUUAUUGGGCAUAAUCAGGUGGUACCUGUUCCUUUAUGUACUAAAACAAUGUGAUCAAAUGUUAAUACAUUUUGAACCAUGUUGUCCUUUUGAUACACUACAUUACCAAAAGUAUGUGGACACCUGCUCGUCCAACAUCUCAUUCCAAAAUCAUGGGCAUUAAUAUGGAGUUGAUCCCCCGUUGCUGCUAUAACAGUCUCCAC